AUGCGCCGUGCUGCUGCUGCAGUGCGCAUCGAGGCCUUUCAGCUCUUCCUGCUGGGAGCUUCGACGGCGCUUCCCACCACGCAGCUUCCAAAGCUGCAAGCUGAAGUCUUUCAUGAGCCCUAUGUCGUUGCUGGCGCGCUGGUCAGCGUGAAGGGGCUCCUGAACACGGUGAUUGCACCCUACGUGGGUGCCUACGUCGACCAGCGUGGUCGUCACCGUCUGUGUUUGAUGUUCUGGCUCGGGGUGCUUGCCGUCCCCUUUCUGGCGAUCCUGGCAACGGCGGAUGCAUCCACUGAGGUGCAGCUUUGGGCGUUCCUGGCCCUGGAUGCCGCGCUGGGCCUUGCCGGGCCUGCAUCGGCGUUGUGCUUUUCUCGGGCUGGACGUUGCCUUAGCGGCCCUCGUUUGACGGAAGGCUAUUCUGUGCUGAACUUCGCGCUGAGCAGCGGCGUGGGAGUAGGUGCUGCCCUGGGGGUGCUUGGUAACUUCACCACGGUAGGCAAGUGUGGUCUGGUCCUGACUUCGGUGAACACUUUGCUGGCACUCCUGUCGCCACAGGACGCGUCCGUCAAUCGGGAGGAGAGCUCCGUUCCGCGCCAGGUGAUGUCUCUCUGGAGCAACAGAGCCUUGAAGCUGCUGGCUGCGGUGGUGUUUCUGGACUUCCUGGCUGAGCAGAUGCUGGUUUCCUUGCUGCUCCUCUAUCUGGAAGCUCAGUUCCACCUGAGCAGUGCGCAGCUGGCCUGCCAGUUGGGCCUUGUCGGGCUGGCAGCCUCGGUGUCGCUGCUUCUGGUGGUUCCUUAUCUCCAACCACGCCUUGGUGAUCUGCUGCUCAUGCAAGUGGGAAUGGUCGCCAAUGUGGUGUCGGUAGCCCUGUUUGGUGUCAUUACCGCACCGUGGCAGGCCUUCCUGCCUCCUCUCGGCUGUAUUCUCAGCUUUGCUGUUUUUCCGACGGCCAACGCCAUAGCCGCAGCGUCGGUUCCGCGCUGCGGAGCCAUGGCCCAGGGUGUUGUCUCCGGCGCGCGAACCCUGGCAGAAGGCUCGGCCCCUGUGAUUUUUGGGGCGCUCUUCCAGGCCGCUUCAAAGAGCUCCUUCCCCGGCUGGCCCUUCCUGGUUGCGGCGGGCUGCGUGGCUGUGGGGCUGGUCGUCUCCUUCUACCUCCCAAAGCAGGCGGGCAAUGAGCAAGGUGGCGGCACAGCUCUGCACGACCGGGUGCUUCUAGAUCAGGCUUGUCAUCUUCAGCAGCGUCCCAUGGGUCGCUUGCUUCCUUCCUGGCUCCCCAGUGGCCUCCUCCCUCGAAGCUCCCGUGGCCGACAGCCCUGGACGCGCCCCCGCGGCCCGCGGCGCGGGCGCGCAGAGCGCGGUGAGAGGGCUGGAGCUGGGCCCGUGGUUUAA